AUGGCUCAAACUCACCUCCUUACUUUAAACUAUAAAGGCGACCACCAUAAGCCAGAUAUCAUCCAUGACACCCAAAACUUCAUCGACAAUGAAUUCACUGCCUCUAAAACAACAGCAUGGAUCGAAGUCCACGACCCCGCAACAAACAAUGUAGUCUCUCGAGUCCCCGAAACAACCCUCGACGAGUGCAAAGCCGCAGUAGUCUCAGCUCAAACCGCAUUCCCCGCAUGGCGAGACACCAGCAUCAUGAAGCGACAGGAAAUGAUCUUCAAGCUGACCAACUUGGUCCGCGAAAACAUGGAUUCCCUUGCGAUUUCCAUCGUCACAGAACAAGGCAAGACUCUCGCCGAUGCAAAGGGUGAUGUCCUCCGCGGGCUACAAGUCUGUGAAACUGCGUGCGGAAUCACCACCCAGCUUCCCGGCGAGGUCCUCGAGGUAGCCAAGGAUAUGGAAACUCGUUCCUACCGUCUUCCUCUCGGAGUUGUCGCAGCCAUCUGCCCAUUUAAUUUCCCCGCCAUGAUCCCUCUUUGGAGUCUUCCAAUUGCCAUCGUGACUGGUAACUGCCUGAUUCUGAAGCCGACUGAGCGCGCACCCGGUGCUUCUAUGAUCAUUGCUGAGCUCUGCAAGAAAGCGGGGUUUCCACCGGGUGUUGUGAAUGUCAUCCAUGGUUCGAAAUCUGCUGUGGAAUUUAUCUUGGACGCACCGGAGAUAAAGGCCAUUUCGUUCGUUGGAUCGAACAAGGUUGGCGAAUAUAUCUAUGAACGAGGCACUGCAAACGGGAAGCGGGUACAAGCGAACCUGGGUGCCAAGAAUCAUGCAGCGCUUCUGCCGGAUAGUAAUAGGAAGCAUGCUUUGAAUGCUAUCGCCGGUGCUGCGUUUGGAGCGGCUGGUCAGCGCUGCAUGGCGCUGAGUGUCUUGAUAACAGUCGGUAGGGCGCGCGAAUGGCUCUCUGAAUUGAUUGAGAAUGCCAAGGGAUACCAGGCUGGAAGUGGGUUCAAUGCACGAUCUGAUCUAGGUCCAUUGAUUACACCCCAGAGCCGGGAUCGCUGUGUAGACCUCAUCACCAGUGCAGAGAAGGAGGGUGCUACUGUCGCCUUGGAUGGUCGGGACCAGACACCCGAGGGUUUUCCCAAUGGAAACUGGGUCGGACCAACUAUUAUCACCGGAGUGAACCCCGAGAUGAGAUGCUAUCAAGAGGAGAUAUUCGGCCCGGUGUUGCUCUGCAUGGAAGCCGACACAAUCAACGGCGCAAUUGACCUAAUCAAUAGCAACGAAUGGGGGAAUGGCGCAGUUAUCUUCACUCAGUCUGGAUCUAGUGCGAUACACUUCCAGAAGCGCGUUGAAUCUGGUCAGGUUGGAAUUAACGUUCCCAUUCCCGUGCCCCUUCCCAUGUUUUCCUUCACUGGUAACAAGCGAAGUGUCGCUGGAACAGGAAUGCUUAACUUCUAUGGCAAGGACGGUAUUCGAUUCUAUACGCAGUGGAAGACAGUCACGUCGCUUUGGAGAACUGAGGAUGCUACUGAGCUUGAUAAGCCAACUUCGAUGACUUGA